UUCACAGCAGGCGACGGGAAGACGAAGAGCGAGGUGGGGGUGACUGGUGAGAGAUCGAUUAGAUUACCCUACGGAGACGGAGAAGCCCUCUUCUUUCUCCCGAUCUGAUUCGGACUCCUCCGAUCCUCUUCUUCUUCCGCGCUUCAUCUUUAUCUGCUAGCUUUGCCGGAAACAGCGCGGUCAUGGGCGCAGGCGGACGCAUGACGGUCCAGGAGCUGGAGUCCAAGGACACAUCCAUACGCUCCGACGGCGGCGACAAGUCCCUCCACCGCUCUCCCACCGAGAAGCCACCCUUCGCCCUCAGCCAGAUCAAGAAGGCCAUUCCGCCGCACUGCUUCCAGCGCUCCGUCCUCCGCUCCUUCUCCUACGUCGUCCACGACCUCCUCCUCGUCGGAAUCUUCCUUUACUUUGCCCUCGCAGUCAUUCCCAUGCUCCCGAUGGCGCUCGCAGUUGUUGCCUGGCCGCUUUAUUGGGCAGCUCAGGGCUGCGUGCUCACCGGCGUCUGGGUCAUUGCCCACGAGUGCGGCCACCACGCCUUCUCCGACUACUCUAUACUCGACGAUGUCGUCGGUCUCGUCCUCCACUCCGCCCUUCUGGUUCCCUACUUCUCCUGGAAGUACAGCCACCGCCGCCACCACUCCAAUACCGGCUCCAUCGAGCGCGACGAGGUGUUCGUCCCCAAGCAAAAGGCGGCCCUCCUCUGGUACACCAAGUACCUCGACAACCCACUCGGCCGCCUCCUCACCAUCGCUGUCACCCUCACUCUCGGUUGGCCUCUGUACCUCGCCUUCAACGUCUCCGGCCGAGCCUACCCACGCUUCGCUUCCCACUUCGACCCCUACAGCCCCAUCUACUCUAGCCGCGAGCGCGCUCAGAUCUUCAUCUCCGACGCCGGCCUCCUCGCCGCCGCCUCCGCCUUCUUCCGCCUUGCAUCCUCCCACGGCGGCUUCUGGUGGCUCCUCCGCCUCUACGGCGUGCCACUCCUCAUCGUCAACGCCUGGCUGGUCGUCAUCACCUACUUGCAGCACACCCACCCGGCACUCCCCCACUACGACGCCACAGAGUGGGACUGGCUCCGCGGCGCCCUCGCCACUAUCGACCGCGACUACGGCCUCCUCAACAGGGUGUUCCACAACAUCACCGACACCCACGUCGCUCACCACCUCUUCUCCACCAUGCCGCACUACCACGCCAUGGAGGCGACCGCGGCCAUCAAGCCGGUGCUGGGCGAGUACUACCAGUUCGACGGCACGCCGCUGCUGAAGGCGUUGUGGAGGGAGGCGCGGGAGUGCGUCUACGUCGAGGCUGAGGCUGACGCUGACGCCGGGAAGCAUCAGGGCGUGUUCUGGUACCGCAACGAGCUACUUUAAUAAAUCAUCCUCUCGAUCGAUUCCUCCAUUGACUGAUGCGCAUUAAUUAGAAUAAGGAUGGAUUUAAAACUA